AUUAGAAAAUUCAUUCAAUAUAUAUAAGUAUGUAAUUAUGAACUCAACAGUAAUGACCAUUAUGCAUUGCAACAUUAUCUGAACUUAUUACUUUCUAUGAAAAUCAUAUAUCUACCUAUAAAUAUUCAUUAAAAUAUAACUUAUUUUAUAUUAUAAUGAUGUUUGAUCAAUGUACUAUAGAUGUAUUUUUUCUAAUAAUUAUAGUGUGUAGUUCAGCUCCUGUGCACCUUGACUAUUUCAGCACCGAAUUGAUACGCGUGUGCCCAUUGAAAUCACGAUUGGAGAACUUAAGAAACUGGUUGAAGAGGAGCUGGAAUCCAUUGCUUCAGCUAAUUCAGUCCAGGGUGAUCGGUAUAUUCCUGGUGUGAGUACUCAUAAGAAUUCAGAAACUCCGCCCCUUUCAUCGUGGAAGGCUACAGAAUGAUGCAAUCGCGUAACUGAAGGAAUUAAAAAAGUGCCAAGAAUGAAGAUGGGCUCACAAGGCCUUGAAGUAUCAGCUCAAGGGCUGGGCUGUAUGGGAAUGUCUGCAUUUUAUGGGCCCCCAAAACCUGAUGAUGAAAUGAUUAAACUUAUUCACCAUUCCAUUAAUUCUGGUAUCACUUUUCUUGAUACUUCAGAUAUAUAUGGGCCUUACACAAAUGAAAUCCUCAUAGGAAAGGCUUUGAAGGGAGAGACGAGAGAACGAGUUGAGUUGGCAACAAAGUUUGGAAUUAAUGCUUCUGCAGAUGGAAAAAUAGAAAUAAUUGGAGAUCCCUGCUAUGUUAGAGCUUCAUGUGAAGCUAGCUUAAAGAGACUUGAUGUUAACUGCAUCGACUUAUACUAUCAACAUAGGAUCGAUACACGUGUGCCAAUUGAAAUCACGAUGGGAGAACUUAAGAAGCUAGUCGAAGAGGGUAAAAUAAAAUACAUAGGUCUCUCUGAGGCUUCAGCAUCGACGAUUAGGAGAGCACAUGAAGUUCAUCCAAUAACAGCAGUACAGUUAGAAUGGUCCCUAUGGUCGAGAGACGUAGAGGAAGAAAUAAUUCCUACUUGCAGGGAGCUUGGAAUUGGAAUUGUAGCAUAUAGUCCCUUAGGUAAAGGAUUUUUGUCAUCAGGUCCGAAGCUGCUUGAGGAUCUGUCAAAUGAAGACUUUCGGAAGCAUAUACCAAGGUUUCAAGCUGAGAAUCUCAAGCAUAACAAGAUCUUAUACGAGAGAAUUUGCCAAAUGGCAACGAAGAAGGGAUGUACGCCAUCUCAACUAGCCUUAGCCUGGGUACAUCACCAAGGAAAUGACGUGUGCCCCAUCCCAGGUACCACUAAGAUCAAAAACCUCGAACAGAACAUCGAAGCUCUGUACAUUAAGUUAACAACUGAAGACAUGGUGGAGCUUGAAUCCAUUGCAUCAGCUGAUGCAGUGAAAGGUGAAAGAGAUGCUUCUAGUGCAAGUACUUAUAAAAACUCUGAUACUCCACAUUUGUCAACUUGGCAUGCUGCGCGAUAAAAUAUCGCGUAGCUUCCAAGUUAAUAGGUCCGUGUUGAAAUAAUGAACUUAAAAGUUAAAAGGUUUAUAGAUGAUAAAUCUAUGUUUAUUAGUAUUUUGCAUUAUCGAAUGUAUGUCUUUUGUGAGUCUACCAAAAUGUUCAUUAAUUAAUCGCCUCAUUAUUUACUCAUAAAGUAAUAUUGAUCUUUCACAUUAUUAUUA